UAACAUAGGUCUAGUCCUAUUGUAAAUGACAGUCGAUCUAUGACUGCUAUAAAAUGCCUGCUAGACGAGUGCAACAGGAAGCCAACUGAGUAUGAGACCCCACCUUAUUAUGUGCUGUGUGAAAGUGAAACUAAAAAAUAGGCUCCGACAUUUUGUACAGGAUAGAGGCAUUUUACUUUUGACUGCAGCUCAUGUCCUCGAUUGAUGUCUGUAAAUACAGAAUCGAUACAGGAUCCUAUUUGCAUGUACCAAUUAACAUGAAUGUUUUAUGGCACCAGGUUAUAGGAAUAUAGUCUAGUUUACUCUUUGUCAGGUGACAUAUUUGACGUUAAAGCUGUCUUUAGAUCAGCAGCGUGACAAGUAUUCAGAACAUGUUGCAGUAAAUAAUUAUUUACUGAAAUUACCGAAUAAGUUUCAGUUCGUUAUUUGGCAACUUGGUUAUGACGAAGAAAACGGAGUAACAUUCGUGACCACUUGUACUGGAUUGAACAUCUGUCGACCGCAGCUAAAGUGGUUAGUUGUUUCUUGAAGACAGACGACGCACUCACACUUAUUAAACUCUAUCGGACUUUACUUUCUAUACCCUGACUGGUGGUUAGUAGCCUUCAACAAUCGAUAAUGGACAGACCUGGAUUCACUAUGGCACCUCAUCCUCGUGAUGUCAGGAUUGUGCUGCUCGGCAAAACUGGAGUGGGGAAGAGUGCAACAGGAAACACCAUUCUGGGUCAGGAAGUGUUUCACUCAGCUUUGGGCUUUUCCUCAGUUACCAUGAAAUGUGAAGAGAGAACUGUUCUGAUUGGAGAGAAUAGAGUCAGUGUGGUUGACACUCCAGACUUCUUCUAUGCAACACACACACAGGAGGGUCUGAGUUCAGAGAUAGAGAGAUGUAUUUAUCUGGCUAACCCUGGACCCCAUGCAUUUAUCUUUGUUCUAACUCUUGAUACUUUCACUGAGCAGGAGACAGAUGUAGUCGCUGUAUUUGAGAAAUGUUUUGGUGAAGUAGCUUCAAGAUACACUAUCAUUGUCUUUACUCAUGGAGACGAGCUGAACAACAGAACAAUAGAGGAACUAGUAGAGAAAAAUGUUAAGUUGUCUGAGCUCAUUGAAGAGCGUGGUUGGAGAUAUCAUGUCCUUAACAACAAAGACAGAGCCAAUAGAAAGCAGGUGACUGACCUGCUGGAAAAGAUUCUCAUCAUGAUGAAUGUGAAUGAAGGUAGCUGUUACACACCUGACAUGCUGCAGGAGGCAGAAAGAAAGAAUAGAGAAGAGAUUGAGUUGAUGGAAGAGGAGAGUCGCAGGGAGGAAGAGAGGAAAAGAGAAGAACACCAGAGAUGGAUAGAGGAGGUGAGAAGAGAGACAGAGGAGAGAGUACGGAGAGAGAUGGAGGAUAGAGUACGGAGAGAGAUGGAGGACGAGGAAGUUAAAAGACAGAGUGAAAGGGAAAACAUGGCAAGAGAAGAAUGGGAAAAGAGGGGAGAGGAAUCAGAGAGAGAAAAUGGGGAUGAAAUUAUAUUGCUUGGAUCUGGACAUAACACGUCUGGACAUAAAUGUCUGAUGUUAAAAAAACAUCAGACAUUUAUUUUGAGUUUUCCUUUGCUAAUUAUUAUGGUUGUCAUUAUAUUUUUCAGGUUUGAAAGAACCCAAUAGGGUCAUUCCAACAAUACAAGUACAAGUCUGAAAAACAAGUAGAGGGAAAUGCCAAAAUGCGGAUUUAUUGGAUUUUCCGUGUGGUCUAUAUUAAAUGGUACUUUAAUUAAGAUACAGCAACAUGCUUUUAAAAUUCAAUAUUGGUUGAAAAUUUCUACUUAAAAUAUCAAAGGGACGCAAAAGGCCCUCUGCUCCUGGAACGACCCAAUACAUCAUCUAUCUAUUCACUUUUUAUUCAAAUAUUGAAAUACCCAAAGUUGUUACAAAACAAAAUAAUUGUUUGAAUGUGUAUGUUUGUAUUAUGAUUGUAGUAUUUGCUUUUCAUUGUGGUUCAUCUGGUACAGUACUAUGAAUAUUGAAUAUUGCACUUAAUCUUUUAGUCAAUUGUAAGGUCCUCUUACUGGUUUUUAAAGUAUUAUCUAAAGCAGGGGUCCUCGAACUCUUUGGGUCUGGGGACCCCUUUUGUGAUAGCAAAUUCACCAGGGACUCCCUCAUAUUCAGAACACUUCUGGAGUGAGGUACAAAUAGCAUACAAGGAGUUUUACUAUGUCUUAGGCAGUGCAUGGCUGGACAAAAAAAACGUUUAUUUUAUUUUACAUAUUUUGACAUCUGGCCGUGGACCCCCUGCAGUACCUCCGUAGACCCCACUUAGAGAACCCCUGAUCUAAAGGACUGCCUCUCUGAUAUGCCUGGUUGGGCCCUCAAGAUUGUUAAGAUUUUUUUCAGACGCCAGGUUUUAUAAUAUACCCAGGUGAAUCGCAUGAAAAGUGGUGAUGCAGUUUACACCCCCAAAUUCUGGAGUGCCCAGCCCUACCACGCAAUAUCAGGCAGGAAAAAACUGUUAACUCUUUUUAAUGGCAGAUAGUUGAUAGAUUGUCCUAAUUUCUAUCAUUCUGUGAUUUAUUGUUUACCAUGUUUCCUUUUAAUAAAUUUGUAUUAUUAUUUUAUUAUGAACAGCACCUUGCGUUGCAGUCU